AUGCAAACGUUAACAUUUGUUUUCAGUUUUUAUUUUUCACUUUCAACUGCUUUUUAUUUUCACGUAGGGGAACGAGAGGAGAAAUGCAUAAUAGAAGAUAUUCCAAGCGACACACUGAUAACAGGGACUUUCAAGAUACAGCAGUGGGACAUACACAGACAAGAUUUCCUUGAAUCUGCUCCUGGCUUGGGAAUGUUUGUGACUGUUACAACUUACAAUGAUGAGGUAUUACUGUCCAAGUUAUAUGGCCCACAAGGAAGGUUCUACUUUACUUCACAUUCACCUGGCGAACACAUCAUUUGCUUGGAAUCUAAUUCUACAAGACUUGUGUCAUUUGGUGGGAGUAAGCUGCGGAUCCACUUAGAGAUUCGAGUUGGACAACACGACCUUGAUGCAGCCAUUGCUCAAGCAAAGGACAAAGUUAAUGAAGUUAGCUUUAAGUUGGAACACCUAAUUGAGCAAAUUGAGCAAAUAGUCAAAGAACAAAACUAUCAAAGGGACCGUGAAGAAAAUUUUCGAAUGAUCAGUGAAGAUACAAAUGGCAAUGUUUUAUGGUGGGCUUUUGCACAAACAUUAAUCUUUAUCUCAAUUGGAAUUUUCCAAAUGAAAUACCUUAAAGACUUCUUUAUAGCUAAGAAACUCGUUUAA